AUUAUAUUCUUUUUCUUUUUCUUUUUCUUUUUGUGUUGGUGGGUUGGUUGUGGUGUGUGGUGAGGUGGGAUUUGGUUGAUUAAGAGAAAGAGAGAAAGGGCGAUGAUGUCGUUGGCGAAAUCUUGGGAUGUGGAGUGAAGGCGGGCGGAGUCGAAAAGAGGAUUCUAGAACGUUGGGUCUGUUUUGGGGGUACGGAUUGCCCACUAGAUUGUUUUUAUUGGAGUAUGUAGAUUGGGUUUUGUUUAAUGCAUAUUAUUGGGCUUAUACUGGGUAUUUAAUUUACUUUUCUUUUUGUCUUGUUGUCUUAGUGUAGCUUGUAUCCUGGCUCCGGGCAUUACCAUAUCUA